AUGGCGGUUGGGGUUCACGUGCCCCUCCGAUUCCUCCGGUAAAUUUUUUGUUUUCCUUAAAUACCCCUAUACCCAUAAACCAAGCUAAUGACGGUCUACUUACCUAGGGCCGCGAUCAAACAGGGCGUAUCAGUCCUCAAACAGCGGAUUCCCACAGUAAAUUCCCAACAAACUUCACGCGCUCUCGAACCAGUAUAUGCUCGUAUUCCAACUCGGGGCUCUCGCCUCCCGUACGGACAACGCGUGAAGGUUGCUCAACGAUGGUAUUCUACCUCGGUCGACAGAGUGCUCUGCGAGGCUGGCUUCAAGAAUGUCGCUCCAACGGUCGCUAAAGGCCCUGUUCGUCAUGCUGUCGGCAGACUGACCACUACAACUCCUUUCGCUUCCACUCUCCGACCGAAGCUUGUCGGUGGCGCGUUUCCCCGGAGCUCAGGGGGGUACAGCUUGGGUGGAUCAGCUCGUUACUUCUCGCAUACACCUACUGCACCGGCUCAGGUUGUAAGCCAGGUGGUCGCUGCAAUGAGGGUUCUAGCAACAAAGGGAAAGAUGGAAGGGUUAAACUAUGGGACCGACGGAAGAGCAGCUGUUCGUGCUCGACUUGCGGCAAGAUUGGCGGACGAGAAUGCUCCCGGCACUCAUAUCGACUUUUACCUUUCUCCCACUUUGACUUGCCUUUCUCCCUUAAACGCCAGACAGAAUUCUCUCGAAGACGAGGGUUUUAUGGAGAGCCUUGGGGCCGACUUUGGCGCCAUGCUCGGUGGACUCACUGCUAUCUACUCUGAUAUUAAGAAGCUUAGUCAGCUCGGGGACUUGCCCGUCACCCUUGCCGGACCUGCGGGUGACAUCGUACGCGUACACUUUAAAGGACGGAGCGGAGCAGAUGUUGAGGCUAUAUGUAACGAACUUGGGAUAAGAAGGGGUGUUGUUUUCGAAGAAGAGCGCUUCGCUAUAGGGCUCCUUGCCCCCGAGUACGGUGAACCUCCUGGGUCAUGGAGAGACAUGAUGAGCGAGUCACCCCCUGCUUCGUCAACCUACUCCGAGGAUGGUCUCGAGGAGAUCCUUUCUGAAGCUGAGAGCUACGGGGCUAGCGACUACUUUGAUAUAGACGCAGACGUGAGUUUUGGCACGCCGACUCCUGAUGGAAGCGUUGUUGGGGUCUAUGAUGGUCCAGAAGAUGUUUACAGGUUCUUGGAGAAUUUCAUCGAGCAUCGCGGCGGUCGUGACGGCUAUAGUACCUAC